CUAUUCUGGUCGCCACUUUAUUUCUAGGUGAUUUUUAUAAAGUGUGUGACUCGUGAGUUAGUUGUGAUUUUAAAAUAACUUAUUAUUAAAAUAAUAGACAAUAUAAGUGAAGAAGUUGAAUUUAUAAAUUUGGACACUAUAGUGUAUGAGUUGUUUCAAGAGUGGAAUAUGUCCCCGGAGGGAAUAAACGCUUUAGCCGAAUGUCGAAUUUCUACAGAGAAUUUGUUGAAAAUGUUGAAUUCUCAUGAAAUCGACGAAAUUUUAAACAAAAGGGAAUUAUUAUCGGAGAAAAUAAAAUUUAGGUAUAAUCUUAAUAAAUGGCGAGAACAAAACGAUUGUGAAUUAGUGGCAUGUUGUGCAAACGACUGUACUUUGUCCAUGGUUUUGAGUUGGAUUUCAUCUGGAACUCUAGUGUCGAGCCUUUCUAAACCAGAUAGCAUCAUCGCCAUUUCAAGUUCAGAGUUUGACUUAGAAACUAUCUUCAAAGACACAGUCUCCGGAGAAGAAUUGUUGGAGAAAGGCAAUUAUCUAGUAGUGACCAAACUUUUGGUUAUCUAUUAAUUUAAUUAAAUUUUU